AGUUGUGACAGGGUAGCUUGGCUAGAGGAACGAGCAUUUUGGAAGUUUCAGGCAGCUACAAAAGAUGACUGAUACUUAUUUGGAAGUGUAUUCUGUGACAGAAUUAUGUCUGGCGCCAAUAGAAACAAUAGUAACAUUGUUUACUGUAAAAUACUGCAAAUCUAAGAUUAAUAUUAAGCUUGUUCCAAGCAAACGGAAGCCACACGAACAAGCAUAUACUAUAGACAUUUCCACUUUUGUAUAUGAAGUUAUAGAUACAAAUAAAAUUCCAUAUUCCGCGAUUUCAUGCGAAUUACCAAUUAUCAUUAUUAAUAAAACUAGUUGCAUCGCUGGUCUUUGCGCGAUACUGCGACAAAUAGUUAAAGAAGUCACGGCAGAGUAUCCAACGCACUAUUGUCGGAAAUUAUUAGGAUUUAAAGAUUCGUGUCUAACCGCUUGUUCAGAAGCAAGUGUUUGGACAAAAUUUUGCGAGGUAGAUUUGAUACUAGCUGUAAAAUAUUUACACGUGGAUGAAACAAUACAAAGCAAAUUGCCUUCGAGUAUGGCAAGAUUUGAAUGUCAUAUGUCGCAGCCAGUUAGGUUGCACAAUUUAUAUAAAUAUACCAUGUCGAAAAAGUUUUCCGAUGAAAAUGUAAUUUCACGAGACGGAACACCAGAGCAUACAUAUGCAGAAGGUUCGUAUCUGACUUUGGCGGAUAUAAUUAUAUUUGUCUGUAUUCACAUUUUAUUGACUGUAUUUUCGAGUGAAACAACAAUGAAGUUACUUCCACUGACUAUUAAAUGGUAUAAAAGAAUGAUUGAAGAUCAGAUUAUACUUGACUGCCUCGAGUGUUUGCCAUUGUUGGAGACCCAAGACAUGACUAAAUUCAAUUACACGCUUCCUGAUGUAGCGAAUCAAAGUUUAUAUAAGAGUGAUCCGAAACGAUAUAAACCGAGAAGUCGCAUAUAUACGAAGCAAGACGAUGUGGAGAACUCGUUGCAGUUAUUCAAAACCUUAAACAUACAAACCAAUCUUGACUCGGAACCAUUUGGUGCAGAAUUAAACCUUGAUUGGUCCUCGAUACCGUUUGAUGCCACUCCUGAAGGUGGCUCGUUGCCACCUACGCGUUUAAAAAGAAAACACGAACAGUUGCAAAACAUGUGUAAGCCUGUCAUAAAGUUAGCGAAAGCAGGAGACAUAAUAGUUGAUUUCUGUUCUGGUAGCGGUCACUUGGGCAUCUUGGUCGCGCAUCUUUUGCCACAUUGUACCGUUAUACUGUUAGAAAAUAAAGAAAAGUCGUUGAAUAGAGCCAAAGAGAGGGUUAAGAAAUUGAAGUUAACGAACAUAAAAUUUUACCAGUGUAAUUUAGAUUAUUUUAAAGGACACUUUGAUAUCGGUAUGUCGUUGCACGCGUGCGGAGUUGCAACUGAUUUAGUCAUACGACAAUGUAUAAGAGAAAAGGCUAUUUUCGUGUGUUGUCCUUGUUGUUAUGGAUCAUUGCACAGUUGUCAUCAUUUAACAUACCCUAGGAGUAACAUUUUUAGAAGUGAAAUAAACGAGGAGAGAUACAUAGUACUUUGUCACGCUGCAGAUCAAACGCACGACGAAAAGAAUGUUAAAACGAAUCAAGGUUACGAAUGCAUGACUAUUAUCGAUAUCGAUAGAAAAAUACAGGCUGAACAAUUUGGCUAUAGAGUAUAUCUCGCUAAAUUCAUACCGAAGACGUGUACACCUAAAAAUCACAUAUUUGUAGGUAUUCCUAAAAACGAAAUUGUAAACGUCGAACAUGUAAGUUAAUUACGUUAGACAUUCACGAUGAUUUUGAAUACAGAUCGAUUUAAAACUA